AUGCCUGUCCAGAGACGACAGCAACGAUCUCCGCUUGAAUGCGCCCAGAGCGCCGACGGUCCGAUGGAGUCCAUGGCCCGUCCCGACGAAUGCAAGUCGCAGCGUCCAUCCUCUCGCUCUACCAAACACGCCCGCCGCCGGUCCGACACUCGCGCUCGCAAGCACUCAUCUCGUUCUCGCACUCGAAAGACCAAGGGCUCAUUUACUUCUGACUCCUCCGUAUACUCCUCUCCUUCUCCUCCCUCCACCGGCCAUCGCCAGUCGACGGCCAGCUCCACCUCCUCGUCAAUCGAGUCGAACUCUUCCGAGGACAAGGACAAUGCGCGGUCAACGUCCCCCGACGCUGUCCCUGCUGUGGACACCAUGAACCCGGACGACCGCCGGCUGUUUGAGCACUGGGCUGCUGCGACUGAGCAGUCGCUGACACACAGCAAGGGCAAGGACCGGUCGUGGCAGUCCAUGAUCCGCCGCGAGUCGGCUACAUACCCGGCCCUGCGCCACAGCACCCUGGCUCUGACCGCCGCACAACUCGCACUGGAAAGCGAGGCUGGAUCUGCGAAGCGAAAGAGCCUCUUGCAGGACGCCCGCAGACACUAUACCCACGCCGUGGACGAGUUCCCAUCCCUCGACGACAGCUCCAGCGACACCCCCGAAUCCACAUCGGACGCUGCAUUCUCCACCGCUAGCAUUCUCUUCAUGUGCGAAUUGACUUCGCCUUCGCUGGCCGAAGAUGGAUUUAGCUUUUCGCGAUCGGCGGAGCCUUCAAGCCAAAAACCAGAGGAGGAUCAGGAUCAGGAUCAGGAUCAGGAGAAGGAGCACAAAGGCGACCACGAAGAAGAGUCCCCUCCCUCUCCUGCUGGACACUCUCGCUCGCUCCAGGAGCUCCUUGAUAUAUUCACAACAGUGCGGGCAUUGUCGCCCAGCUCCAAAGCCCUCGACGUUGUCGAGAAAGGCAAGCUGGAGGCGCUCUUCUCCCAAACUGAUCCACAUCGCCACCUGCCCAGUACAUACACACUCACGAUCUUUUCCAUGCGCAACCUCAAUAACGCCACUGCGAAGAAAGACUCAUCGCACGAGACCUCCGUCUACGAUGAUGCCAUUACAAAGCUCGACCGCUCCCUGGAGAUGCUCAGCAAAGGAGGCGAGCCGACCAUGAUUGCUCUCCGGUGGAUGUUCCGUGUCCCACCGCGAUACCUGGAGCUUGUGCGCGAGAAGAAACCCCUUGCUCUCAUUAUAUUUGCGCAUUACUCUGCAGUCCUCCACCAUCUACGCGACCGAUGGUGGAUGGGCGACUGGGGGAGCCGGCUGGUCAAGGAGAUCUCCCAGCUUCUGGGCUCAGAGCGCAUGGGCUCGAUUCUAUGGGCCUCUGAUAUCGUGGGAAUACAGACAUGA